CUUCCUCCUUGCCCCGGCCCCCCGCCUACCAGGCCUCUUCCUCCGGUUCCUACCAAAUAAAGAAACCGCCAUCGACGACGACGACGACGACGACGAGUAGUCUCUUCUCUCUCAUCACAGUCUUCUCUCUCCUCUACCAACAACAACAACAACAACAACAACGGCUCUCACGACUCUUGUCACGCAAUCGCUUCAUGUCGACCCAUUACAUCAUGGCAUCGGAAAAUCAUCUCUCUCGCGUCAAUCUCCCCUCGUCGCGCCCGCAGAUCCAGCGUUUCAGCGUCCGUCACGGGUAGAGCGACCCCACCAACACCGCCUUUCCUCUUCGAAGCGCAAAAUCCAUGCAGCGCCAGCGAGCAGUCAGCAGCCAGCACCCACCAGCGGGUACGGCGGACCUGCCGCCGCCGCUACUCCAGCCGACCGUCGACCAUGACCGCUUGGGGUUUCGGCCUUAAUGCGACGCUUGGCCGAUCGAGCGCUGCCUCCGCAGAUCGCCCUUCACAUGCGCUGCAACCCGACUCUUUGCGAGCAGCAGCGCCUUAUCGCGACAUCUUUUACAGCCUCCGCCGCCUGACUCUCGCUGCUCCUCGCUCGCCCGCCAAUGACAAGGCUGCGGGCUCGGCCUCGUCCCUGUGGGAUCGGGCUCUAAUCGUUCGCUUGAACCACCACCACCACCACUCAACCAACCAUUGUAAUUGAUAGCGCCUUCAGUUGUCUUUUACCUUUGGGAGUUUUUCUUUCCUCUUUCUUGUUUUUGUUUUGCAAUCACAGCAUCAGUGGCGCCGGGGAAUUGUAAGAAUACGGAAUCAUGUCUUGGGGGGAUCUGUAUCAUCUAUGGUUUUCUGUUGUUUGCCUCUUUUACGCGUUCGUUUUUUGUUUGAACAUACCCGGGUUGCCCAUCGAUGCGCCCACUCGUAUCCUAGUCGCUUUUAGCAAUCAGCCUGCCUCAGGCGAAUGCCAAACACAUGCUCAAAAAAACCUCUUCGUUCUUGCUUUGCAGUAGUGAUGUUUUUUGCUUGCUUUUUCCGCCCGCGGCGAUCGCCCUGCUUACUUGCUUCUGCCGCUGCUGUUGCCUUGGCUGCCCGCCUUCCUCAUCCUGUCAGCCUUGCAU